UAAACUGAUCAUUGAAUACAAAUUAUAUAGAUUCCUGCAUAUGCUUUUGUUUUCUCCUCUUUAUCUAUGCCAAAUGCACCUUAGCUAAAUCCAUGGAUGCCAAUCCCAAAUUCCUCAACCCUAGAGGAGACAUGCAGCCGAGCACCACCACCACCUCCUCCUCGGACUCGGCCGCGGAGGGCGGCGGUGAGGCCAAGUGGGCGGCGAAGCUCCUCCGCGAGUGCGCGGCGGCGAUGUCGCAAAAGGACUCCGGCAAGAUGCACCACCUCCUGUGGAUGCUGAACGAGCUGGCCUCCCCCUACGGCGACCCCGACCAGAAGAUCGCCGCCUACUUCCUCCAAGCCCUCUUCUGCAAGGCCACCGACUCCGGCCGCCGCUGCUACAAAACCCUAGCCUCCGUGGCGGAGCGGAGCCACUCGUUUGACUCAUCAAGAAAACUAAUCCUGAAAUUCCAAGAGGUCAGCCCGUGGACCACAUUCGGCCACGUGGCGUCCAACGGCGCCACGCUGGAGGCCUUCGAGGGCGAGCCCAACCUCCACAUCAUCGACGUCAGCACCACCCUCUGCACCCAGUGGCCCACCCUUCUAGAAGCCCUCGCCACCCGCACCGACGACACCCCCCGCCUCCGCCUCACCGUCGUCGCCGCCACCGCCGCCGUUAAAUCCGCCAUGAAGGAGAUCACCCCGCGGAUCGAGAAAUUCGCCAGGCUCAUGGGCGUCCCCUUCGAGCUCUCCGUCGUCGCCGAUCUCAGCAAGGACUCUCUAACAGUCCGCGAGGGAGAGGCCGUGGCGGUGAACUGCGUGGGCGCGCUGAGCCCUAAUUUGAUUGAGACGAUGAAAUGGGUAAACCCUAAGGUGGUGACGGUGGUGGAAGAAGAGGCGGAUUUCUCGAGCAAUAGGGACGAUUUCGUGGAGUGCUUCGAGGAGUGCCUGAGGUUCCACACGGUGUAUUUCGACAUGCUGGAGGAGAGCUUCGCGGCGACGAGCAACGAGAAGCUGAUGCUGGAGAGGGAGUGCCUGAGGAGCAUAGUUAGGGUUUUGGCGUGUGAUGGUGAUGAUAAAGUGGAGGAGCAUGAGAGGGAGAGGGGGAGGCAGUGGUCGGAGAGGCUCCGGGAGGCGGGAUUCUCUGCGGUGGCGCACAGCGAGGACGUGGUGGACGACGUGAGGGCGCUGCUGAAGAGAUACAGGGCGGGGUGGUCGUUGGUGGCGGCGGCCGAGGAUGAUCAGACUGGGAUUUUUUUGGCAUGGAAAGAGGAACCUGUAGUAUGGGCAUCGGUAUGGAAACCAUCAAAAUGAAUGCUACUAUAUAAUUAUAAUAGCAUCACAUUUCUAAUUCAUAGUAUUAUAUAUAUACUUCUUUGCUUUUGUAAUUCUAUGCUUUUUGCAGUUCUUCUUGUUUGAAAGCUUUUGCACUUGUGUAACGAAUCGUUUUGGGAAGAUGGAUAUGCUUUUUCUUUGUCUAA